CCGGUAGCGGAUUUCUCUUGUUUACCGACCCGUGGGUGAACGGGUGCGGGCAUCGUUAGCCCUUCAACAAAUCCCCUAUUUUGAGAGCCGAAUCACCCGAGCUGGACGCCUAUGCUAUGACCAUGAUUUCCAGGGGCACACUGGGGAUAUGCGCGGGCGUGGCCGGGGCGUUGUUCAUAGGGUACUGCAUCUAUUUCGACCAAAGGAGACGCAGCGAUCCCAACUUCAAGAAGAAGCUGCGGGAACGUCGUCGUAAAGCCAACAAAGCAGGUGGCAGUUCGGGCGGUUCUGUUACAUGGCCUAACUUGAAGGACCAGGAGGCUGUACAAAAGUUCUUCCUUGCUCAGGUUCAGGCUGGGGAAGAGCUCUUAGCCCAGGGAGAAAUUGAGGCAGGAGUGGAGCACUUAAGUCGUGCAGUGGCUGUUUGUGGACAACCCCAGCAACUCUUGCAGGUGUUGCAGCAGACGCUCCCGCCUCAGGUCUUCCAACUGCUGUUACACAAGUUGCCAGCUGUUGGGGAGAGCAUACUGCAGGCUGCUGGUGGAAACAAAGUUGUGGAUGAAGAUGUUGAAUAAAGUUCAAGAUAAGCAGUGGCAUUCAUAUUGUUACCAUCAUCCAAAACAAGUGUUCUAAGUACUAGUGCAAAAGAUGGUAUUGUUUUAUUUGUGCUUUCUUCAAGAAGUUCAUAAAGUGAUUACUGUACAGUUGCCUUCAUUUUCUUGUCAAAUGUAUGAAAAUUUCCCAUUAAUUGCCAGAUUCUUUGUGUACUAUUAUUUACAAAAUUUUGUUGACUAUACAGGAGAGGAAAUUAUGUAUGAUAAUAGCACUAGUGUUGGUGGUAAGUGAGAAGGCUUGGAGAUUUUACACCAAAAACAUAACCGAUUUUUAUGUAUUGCUUUCUAUAAGGACUAUUACUCAUUUCCUUUUUCUCUUUGAUUUCCAAUCCUUCAGUCUUUCUGCCCUAUUUAUGAAAACUGUUUUGCUAUAGCAAGUUUUCCAUAUCCUUUGAAAAUAUUAACUACAAUUGUAAAGUUAUAAAAGAGAAUGGAUGUGAAUCGAAAAGCUUGUUAAUUAGAUUUCUCCCUUACAUUUCAACCAUUUCUUUUUAAUAUGAUUUAUCAUUCUUUAAACAGAAGCCACUUUAUACAGUUUUUCUUGUGUAUCUAAUCACAUCCUCUAUAUUUUUCCUGUGUGUGUAGUCACAUCCUCAUAGAAACAAAGCAAUGUCAUACAGUUUUGUCAUGGGCUUAAACAACAUUUCAUUUUUCAAGCCUUUUAUGGAGCACAAAUAUGAGGUGCAUGACUAGGUGAAUAAUGAGAUAUAUAUACUGUAUAUGCAGUAGUGUAAAUACUGUAUAUAAAGUUGAAGUCAUCAUAGGUAUGCCAUAGCAAUUAUCAAGUGCGCAUGGAGGUUGAUCACCAACAUAAAAAGCUAAGAUAACUGAAAUGUAAAUGGUUAAAGAUUUCAGUUAAAAAUCUGUUUAUUUAACCACUGAUGUACAGCAUAGAAAGAGAGUUUGCUGUUAUAAAAAU